UUGCCAUGACGUCGUUGACUGUCGCUCUUAGUUUUGUUGUUGUGCUGCUAACUUCCGCCUCGUACAGCACGGAGCUAACUAUAUUAAAUGUGCCGCUAAACGUUUUAUGUGACAGGCACUGACAUCUAGUUAAUGUACAGACAUCUCUUUAACCGGAGAUAGCUAUGUCGUUAUACGAUGAUCUCGGUGUGGGUGCCAGUGACACCAAGACUGAAGGCUGGUCAAAGAACUUCAAGCUGCUACAGUCCCAGCUGAAAGUGAAAAAGGCUGCUCUGACCCAGGCCAAGACCCAGCGGAUGAAGCAGAGCACGGUUCUGGCUCCGGUUAUUGAUCUAAAGAGAGGAGGCUCCAUUGAUGAAAGACAGAUCAUAGACACUCCUCCACAUGCUGCCGUUGGGCUUAAGGACACCGUUCCCAGUGGUUUUUCCUCUAGCGAUGUGCUGAUCCCGUUGGCAGACGAGUACGAUCCAAUGUUCCCAAACGACUACGAGAAGGUGGUGAAGCGACACCGAGAAGAGCGCCAGCGCCAGAGGGAGCAAGAGCGCCAGAAAGAGAUCGAUGAUCGAGAAAAGAAGAGGAAAGACAGGCACGAAGGAGGAGCUCCAAGUGGCUUCUCUCGAUUCCCUGCAGCUGAGGGCGAGUCAGAUGAGGAGGACGACUAUGAAGCAGAGCGGAGGAAAAGAACUUUAGGUGGAGCAGCCAUCGCCCCUCCUUCUUCACUCGUGGACAAGGACGGCUCCUACUCCUACGAAGAGGAAGCUCGUCCUUCAAGAGGCUCAAAGGCCGCCAUCCCUCCCCCGAUGUAUGAAGACUCAGAGCGAGCACGCUCACCACCCGGACCCACCAGCUCCUUCCUCGCUAACAUGGGAGGUACAGUGGCGCAUAAGAUCAUGCAGAAGUAUGGAUUCAAAGAAGGCCAAGGCCUGGGGAAGCACGAGCAGGGCCUCAGCACGGCACUGUCUGUGGAGAAGACGAGCAAGAGAGGCGGAAAGAUCAUCAUCGGCGACGCAGCAGAAAAACCAGGCUCCAGCCAGGCAGGUGCUCCUGAGACUUCAGGAGGAGGCUUUUCAGCGGACAGUUCCAAGAAGUCUGAGGCCAACCCGCUCACAGAGAUCCUCAAAAAUCCCACCAAAGUGGUCUUGCUCAGGAACAUGGUGGGCAGAGGAGAGGUGGACGAAGACUUGGAGGGAGAGACGAAAGAAGAGUGUGAGAAAUACGGCAAAGUGGUUAAAUGUGUCAUUUUUGAGAUCGCAGUUGUGCCAGAUGAGGACGCUGUCCGGAUAUUUCUGGAGUUUGAGAGGGUGGAGUCAGCCAUCAAAGCCGUGGUGGAUCUGAACGGACGUUAUUUCGGCGGGCGAGUCGUCAGGGCCUGCUUCUACAAUCUAGACAAAUUUCGGGUUUUGGACCUCGGCGAGCAGGUGUGACGGCUCAUCGUCUCAGAACGUGUACAUAAAACUUUUUUAUAUUUCCUGAACAACAGUGACUUGUGUGUAUGUAGUGGUGAUUCCAUCUUCAAGAUUAUUGUUUUGUCUGUCAUGAAAAAUAGCUUUAUGUUGAGACAAAAUAAAAAGUAUUAACUACA